AUGGCCGAACAAGAGCAAUCCAAAAGUCAGCAUGAACUGUCGCUGCUCGACUGGUCUUCGUGGUCAGUCGAGCCAAUGCAGCAAUACCCUCCCACAACUCUACCACAUUAUUUUCCUCCGUUCGUUGGCUACGACAAUCCCCUGCUAUGUCCUCCCUACUGCAACUCGCCCCAAUCUGGCUCUAUAUCAACAAACCAACGAUACUCGGGUGCACCGGAGACGUCUCACCAAGAAGAAUCCAGUAAUCCAGAGGAGUCGACAGAAGUAUUCUCUUCUCCCAGGUAUAGCCAUCUGAAAGAAGAGGAACGAUUCAUUCUGAAUGCUCGUUUAAGGGAGGAACCGUGGGAGGAGAUUGAAGAGGCUUGCAGUAACAACUUCGGCUCCUUUCCCUACAAGUCCCGAAAUGCGUUGUCAAUGAAAGUACUCCGCCUCAAGGGCAAGUACCCCGAAGUGAAAGCCGUCCUGGACCAAAACAACCUAACUACGAAGGUGGGGCUCUCCGCCAAGAAAAAGAAACGUCAGACGACUCGGACAUCGGGGGCAGACGACGACACGGCGGCUGCGAACAACGGGGAUGUGGAUGUCCAACAAUUGUCUCCUGAGGAGGCAAUCAGGGCUGCGCAAACGGUGCUCUGCUUUCUCGGGCGACCGGAUUGUGACGGCCUGGUACCGACGGACGACUGUAUGGCUUUGAUUAGGAUAUUAAGUCAACUUAAUCAGCUCAAUCGACUCAAGUAG